AUGGAGCAGGAAGCUAAGGAGCUGAGUCAGUGGCAGGCAGAGCACCAGCUGGCACAGGGUAAUGAGAAGUCAAUGCCCAUCUUGGACAUGUCUCCAUCUUCUGGAAAUGGAGUGCACACCUCUUAGAACCAUGGCCUACCAGGCAUUCAACACUUUCCUCAGGGCAUAGAGAUGUUGAGGACCCUCUUCGUGUCUGUUGAGGCAUCCAGGCAGAAUAUGAUGCAUGAAGUAGGGCCACAGUUCAGUAUAUCACUGUGUGAGCUACUAAGCAUGUGUGCUACUAUCCCCAGGUGAUUCUCCACUCCUUCCCAGAUACUUUACUGUUGGAGAGUAUAUCCUUCCCAGUAAGAGAUGAUGAUUUUCAAGGGGCCCCAGAUGAUACCCUUAAGAAAGCCCAAUAUUACAGAGAUGGCCAUGACUAAUGGGAAUCUAAGGAUGUCCCCCAGGGGGCUGCCAGUCUCACCUUCAAAUGGAAUUUCCAUGAUGCUCCACAUCAGGGCCCCAACAAUGCCUUAUUCUGGCCCCUCAACAGUACCUUCCAACAGCCUCUCUAACACCCAAAUGUUAUUGGCCUCAACCAUGCCUGCCACUGAGGCCCAGGCUGUGCUCCGCUUUCUGGCUCAGAUAUUACCCCCAGAGAUCUCCAUGACUUGGGAUGUCCCAGCUGAAUCCCAAUCAUUGCUGGUUUUGGAAUCUCGGGACUUUCUUGUGAGUCAGCCAGACUCCCAAGAAGGCCCCUCACCACCUGAGCAGCCCAUAUCUUCUCCACAGAGAGCAGAGCCAAACUCCAGGGCCCAAGAAAGGGCACACAGAGGGGGAUCCUUAGUUUCAAGGGCUUACAGCUGCCCGUAUGAGAACUGCAGAAAAGCUCAUAUGAACCACUCUCACCUUGUGAGACACACAGAUGAGAGGUCCUGCACAUAA